GCGCCUCUUGCAGCCUUCGUCGUCCCCAUAGAGACAGGCUCCCACAACAGCACCACUCGAGCCGCUCGCCCCGUCAGGGCUGAUGACAGCCUCAGCGCGCGACUGAAGGCCUCUCUACACCUCAACGUUUUCUUCGAAAACCAGCUCCCGCUUAUGGUCGCCAGUCAGAUGUUUCAUUAUUGGAUUACCGACCAUCAGCCGCCAGCCGCCGCUUUAUCCUGACACGCCAGAGAUUUGUGUCUGCGGGCGGGGAGGAGUCUGUUAUUCCACCGUUAGCUGCGGCCAGGCCGACAUGUCGGCGUUUUAACGGAACGGCCGUCAAAGCUGCAGCGGAGAGGACCCAAAUGUGCCCGUAGAGGAUGGAUGGGAGUGCUGGAAGAGACAGCACCAGGAGGAGGAGAGGCGCAGCAGCAGCCAGUCCUGAUGAUGGAGGAGGUGACGAUGGAGCCACGGAGGCUCAGAUUGUUCAUCUGGACCUCUACGACUCUGCAAGGGCUAAAAUUGAAGCCAACCUCCGCUGGCUCUUUGGCAAAGCCUAUGGCACAGAUCACAUCCCAGCAGAGUUACGAGACCCGUUUUACACUGACCAGUACGAGCAGGAGCACAUCAAGCCCCCCAUCAUCCGCCUGCUGCUGUCCGGAGAGCUUUACUGCCGGGUGUGUGGAUCCAUUCUUCCCGCCGAGCAUGCCGCCUCGCUCCGAAGCCACCAGGCUGUCAUCCAAACCCUGUCCAAGAGAGGCAUCCACGUCCUGGAGACCAACAAUACCCCUGUGUCUGAUCUGGAUCUCAGCUCCUCUCCCAUUAAAAUGAGCUCCCACAUCCACCUCAUCGAUGCCCUCAUGAUGGCCUACACAGUGGAGAUGUUCAGCAUAGAGAAGGCGGUGUCCAGCGUCAGGCGCUUCGCAAACUUCAGUGCCUCCAAGGAGCUUCCGUAUAACUUGGAAGAUGCCAUGGUGUUUUGGAUUAACAAGGUAAAUCUGAAGAUGAGGGAGCUUGCAGAAAACGAGUGUAAAAUGAAGCAGCACCUGCUGGAUUCACCCAGCCACCAAAAGCCUGACCUAUUGCAUGCGCUUGCCCAUUGCAUGCUGGAGCCUGUGGAGUUUUCUCGUGUGGUGCGUUAUCGCAGAGAUCAUCUGUCUGGCCGCACACUUCAACAUUUCCCAGUUUUGGAAGACCUGAUGAAGGAUGUGUGCGACGGCACAGCUCUGCUAACUGUGAUCCAUUUCUAUUGCCCGGAGGUUAUUAGGCUGGAAGAUAUUUGCCUGAAGGAGGUUCCUUCCAUAGCAGACUGCGUCUACAACAUCCAGCUACUGACAGAGUUUUCUAAUGAGUACUUGAACAAAUGCUUCUAUCUGACGCCAGAGGACCUGCUGUUCUCUCCACCAGUCUUAAAGAAUAAUUUAAUGGUUUUCAUUGCUGAAGUUUUCUGGUGGUUUGAGAUUGUCAAACCCGAUUUUGUGCAGCCCAAAAACCUUCAGGAAAUCAAUGACGUGAGACUGCUGCUUCAGCCUAAAGGUUCUCGUUCUUUUGUUCCCGUCGCCAACGUAACAAAACGGCGCUUUCUGCCUUCAUCCAACUCAGCUGACACUUUGACCACACCCCCGAGCCUCGACCUCAGCGCCAAACAAAAAUCAUUAAGUCCAUCUCACUCAUUGCCUCCCCUGAGACGAGGACAACAGAAAACAGUCGAAGAGGCCGUUUCAGAGCUAAGAAAUAGACCAAACCCUGUGACACAAACAGAUGGACAACACCAGGACUCUAUACUGGCUUGGCCAGAGAGGAGGGCGAGACCUUUAUCCCAGCCGGUCUCCUCUGCCUUGUGUUUUUCCGCACAGAAAGAUGCAGAGAGCGUCAUUAUGGCUCGCUCCAUUAGCAAAGACAGCUUAACGUCCAACAUCAUUCCCCCCAAACACAUGCUGCCAGCAGGCCUGCCUAAGCAAAGACUCGCUGCUCAAAACCUUCUUUGUCACAUCCGGAUAGAGGAUGAGGAGGAGGAAACAGAGGAGGAAGAGCUGGUUUCUGUGAUACACCCCUCUGCGUUUUCGCGACAUCGAAACAGGAGCGACAUAGAGCCGGAUGACAUAGAAGAGCAGGGAAAAACCUCAUCCUCGAGGGUUUCUUCCAGUACUCCACGUCAAUACGCAGCCCCCUUCAUGCUGGAUCAGCCGGAGGACAGCUACUAUCUGGAGCCUUUGAUAGCAGCUGUCCCCAAACAAGCCAAGGAGAAGAGCAUCCGACUGAACAAACAGGAGGAAAGUGGUGAGAUGCUCUGUAGAUCAACAGUAUCUGCUCCUAAAGCUCAUGUCACAAGCACUUCACAGGGUAAACCCUUUCCGGCUAAGUCCAGCAGAAGCACCUGUAACCCCACAUCUGAAGAUUUAGCUCCUAACUCUUCCAGGCUGCACACAGAAGGAGCAGCAGGAGGUGCUGAGACAGAGAAAAAAGGCUUUUUCCUUCACUUUUCAGGGGAGCAGGACCUUCAAGGUCCUUUCUCCUCUGUUAUAGAAUCAAGGCAAGACUCUGAUUCUGAUGUGGCUGAUCUUGAGGAAGAUGAAGAAGAUGAAGAUCCAAUAGAGCUGACCAAAGAGAUAGAGAUUCCAGGAGGCGAGAAGGUUUUAGAAGUCCGGCACUCGGCUGAAUGCGGAGAUGGAGAGUCAGCCAAACUUAGGGAGGAUUUGAAGGUGAGCGAACGAGACGACAAGGAGGACUUGAGCGGACGCACAAGCCCGUGCCUCAGCACCGUGUCCUGUGCGAGCAGCUGCAGUGCUUCAGGUGUCCGGAUGACCAGCUUCGCUGAGAAAAAGCUGCUGAAACUCAGCCUGCGCGACGGAUACUCGAGCACCAGCAACUCUCAGAAGACAACACCGGAUGGCUCAGAGACGGCUCCCGCCUGGCAAGGGAAGGAACCGAGCCCAGUGCUGGGAAGGACCAUGAUGCUCAGUCCUCAUGUUGUGCCUUCAGAGCUGCUUCAACUUCACAUGCAGCUGGAGGAGCAACGACGCGCCAUAGAGUAUCAGAAGAAGAAGAUGGAUACUGUUUCAGCUCGGCAGAGACUUAAGCUCGGCAAAGCGGCUUUCUUGAACAUUGUUAAGAAGGGUGGAGGGAGGAGUGACACACUUCCUUUACCCCUGAAACACUCCCAGGGAUCACCUGGACUAGGAGUUGCAGACAGGAGGACACCAAAGACUCUCUCCUGCAAGGAUGAUUCCUGUCUGGAUGCCUUCAAAGUUCAAACAGGAGCGUCAGCAGACAAAAACAACAGGCUCACCCUGUCCCAAGAUAAUAGCUCUGAACCUGACCUGAACGACUGCUCCCGCUCCAUAGAUCUUCUCAAUGAAGCCAUCAGUUCUAUUCAGCAGCAGAUGAUGCAGCUUACUUUACAGCAGGGCCUCCUAAUGAAGCAGAGCGCCGUCUCUCCCUCUGAGCCUGUGCAGCCAGAGCCGUGCACGGCCUCCACCACCAUGCCAGAGCCCUUGACUUCAGACUCCAAAUCAUUCGCCGUCAACUUUGUAGAUAUUGGCGGCAGCAGCUCAACCCCAGUCCGGCGUCCUCCCAGCCUCUCCUCCAGCAAGCGCAGGAGACCGUCAGAGCAGAAACCUGGCAAAGAAAGCAGCAAAACACCGUCUGUCGACUCCAGCAGCUCGUCUUUGGACUGCACGCCUUCUCCAAGAGAAUGUUCUGAGGAGGAGCAGAGAGCGCUUUUGGAGAGCUCAAAGAUGGAGAGAAGCAUUCAGAGAAAUGUCACCUUCAGGGUCCACGAAGGAACUGGCGAGAGGAGUGGGCAAUAUUCGAGCCAAACCAAACUGCAGGACCCGCUGGUCAGUUCCAAAACAUCAGAAUCCCCAUUGGUGGAUGUAGAAGAAGAAGAGAUAAAUACUGCUGAUUCAGGAAACGAGAUUGUCAGUGGAGAUGAAAGCUCCAGGACCAAGGGUCUUCUGAUCGAGGUGGACUUGUCGGAGCUGAAGGCUCCACAAGAGGAAUGCAUCGUAGACGGUCCAGACAGCACAGCAGAGGGAGAGCAAAAAAACGUGCUGGGCUUCUUCUUCAAGGAUGAGGAGAAGGCAGAAGACGAGAUGGCGAAGCGGCGUGCUGCCUUCCUACUCAAACAGCAGCGCAAAGCGGAAGAGGCAAGACUGCGCAAGCAGCAGCAGGAGGCCGAGGCGGAGCUCAAACGGGAAGAAGCUCGGCGUAAAGCAGAGGAGGAGCGUAUCCGCAAGGAAGAGGAGAAGGCGCGCCGGGAGCUCAUUAAACAGGAAUACCUGCGGCGGAAGCAGGAAGCCUUGAUGGAGGAGCAGGGUCUGGUCAAGCCUCACGUGAGGACAAAAUCCCGCAGGAACAGACCAAAGUCGCUGCACCGCGAAGAGUCAAGCAGCUUCUCCAAAGGAUCCACCACACCUGAUCUCAGUCUCAGUCACAGAGGAUCGACGCUGUCUUUGGCGACCGAAGCCGACAGCGUCAUCUCUGGAGAGGCGGAGACAUACCGGGCUGAAUCUGUGUGCUCCACGGAGUCCUUCCCCAUGUUGAGCAGGGCUUCCAGCAGGAACAUGGAGCGAGACUGGGAGAACGGCUCCAUAACAUCCUCCAUCACUUCAUCCGAGUACAACGGUCCUAAACUUUUUAAAGAACCAAGCUCUAAGUCCAACAAGCCAAUCAUCAUCAACGCCAUCGCCCACUGCUGCCUGGCUGGAAAGGUCAAUGAGGUCCAGAAGAAUCUUGUUCUUGAGGAGUUGGAAAAGUGUGAAUGCAACCAUCUGAUCAUCCUCUUCCGUGACGGCGGGUGCCAGUUCCGUGCCAUUUACACAUACUCCCCCGAGACGGAGGAGAUCACCAAAUUCACAGGGACGGGACCGCGCAGCAUUAGCCAUAAGAUGAUUGACAAGCUCUACAAAUACAGCUCCGACCGCAAGCAGUUCACCAUCAUCCCCGCCAAGAGCGUGUCUGCCAGCGUGGACGCUCUGACCAUCCACAACCACCUCUGGCAGAUCAAGAGACCAGGGAGCGCUCGCAGGAAGUGAGCCAAAAAGAAGUGGGUCCACGUCAACUCCUAACACCCCGUUCUUAGUUUUUUUUCACAGAUUUUUUGUCCGCAUGUCACACCUUAGUACAGUUUUACAGAUGUAUCCCGCAACACCCACAGCAUUAUUGAUGAUGGUAUGUCUAUGUAGCAGUGAAUACUGCAAAUAUACUACUGAUGCCACAACACAGGCACUGAACAACAAAGUGAACUCUAUCAGCAAGAAAAUACUCCACCGCUGUGAUAAACCCACAGGGCCCCUGUGUUUGUGGAAGAUGCUUUUAUUUUGAAAUUAGUUCAAUGGAUUUAAGUUUGUCGAAGUAUUAUUUUUACCUCAGUUUUAUUUUGAAAGGGAUAAAUGCACCACUCAUGCACUGUGGCCUGAAUGUGUUCCUCUCCUGACAGUGCUUUAAAUCUAUAUCUGCUCCUACAGUGUUAAAGUGUUCGUCCUCAAACCAGGAAGCAUCUUUUGGACUUUUUUGUACCAUAAUGUAUCUUCAAGCCCCUCAGGGCUCGUAAACUGAACUGAGCUGUGGCACAAAUGUGAGCUGAUUUUUCUGCUGAGGUGUUUUUUGGGAAACACCACAAUAAUUGAUAUUUAUUUGCUGCAUUUUGUAUAUUUUUUUUGGGGGGGGGGGAUUUUUUGUAUGUACUGUACAAGCCAUUUUUUACUAAAAGAAAAAAAAACAAAAAAAAACAAACAGGCACUACUUUGCUGUUUAUUCUGUUAUGGAGAGUUUAUGUUCUGUAUCACAGUCAUAUUUUAUGUUUAUUUAUUUUGAAUAGGUAUAAUAAAAGCAAACAAUGUGCAUUUUAUAGUUACAGUU